AUGAACUGCGUAAGAUGUUCGUUGCGGCGUGGUUUGCAAUCAAGAUAUAUUCGCACUCGUGCUAAAAUACCAAGGUCAAGAAAAGACUUAAGGAGUGCACAAGAAAUAGGUGAGCGCAGAAGACCAAAAUUGGAUAUAGAGCUUAGGAAUGUUGAUGAAGCAAAGAUCCGAGAAAUGGGUCAUAUUUUGAAUAGCGAAAAUGAAUUCAGAGGAUGUCGGUCACGAUUCACCAAGGCGAAAACCAAAUCAAAACCAGAAUUAGUCACGAAACCUCCUGCCCAAAUUGAACGAGAGCUUAAAGCACUUUUUAGAAAAGAUGGCGUGGAAUACGAUUCUGCAUUUGUACAGGACAUAAUUAAAAGGUCAAAAACCGAGAAGAAAAUUCUUGAAGAUUCGUUAAGAGGAGGUCAGAAGUUACAGAGGGUAAAUGAUGAAAGUAUUAAAAACUUUGUCUCUUGGAUGAUAGAUGAUUGCCGUCGGAGAAUUUUCAAACCAAUUAACGGGGAAAGUGAUGAAAGGAGAAAUACGGAAGCAGCAAAAAUAACCGAAACAGUCGCUGAUAAACGGCAAUAUCAAGAACUCACGGAUUCCAUUGGGAUCGACCUAUUCGAAAUGUGCCUGCGGACAGAAGAACUAUCUCAAGGUUUAGCACCAUCUGGACUCGAAGCAUUGCCUGGAUUUCUAGACGUGCUAAGUCGUUCUGAUUCAGCAGAUUCUAGAAAACUUGUUACAUUAGAACAACUAAUGCAGAUAUUUGUGAUAUCAGGCCAAAUAGGGGAUGAUAGGCUGCGGAAUAAAUGCUUGUAUCUUACAGGUAAUUUAAUAAGUAUGCAAACAUCUGGCCGGGCAGAUCCCAUUAAUGAGAGGAUGUAUAUAUUGGCAUUAACAUAUUAUAAAGAAUUUGAUAAAGCGAUAUAUUUGUUUAACAGCCGACGCAAUAAAAAUGAUGUUAAACUUCAAAGAUUCUGGCUUGAAAUGGGGGCAGAAAUAUAUCUUCGAAUGCCCAUGGACCAUACUAAAGAAGCAGAACAGAUAGCAGCAGAAAUAUUUGCUAAAUUCCAUUACAUACACCCAGUACUACAGCUUAUAUUUAUUGAGAAGUAUUUAGCACUGUCAAAUUGGCAGAAAGCAUUUGGCUGGUGGGAAAAUUUAAAAAAGCUAAUGAAUGAUUAUGGUUUGUGUCAACAUUUAUCUGUUCCGAACUCACAAAUCGUGAACGAUUCACGAGUCGCCUAUAAUUAUUAUAAUAGAAUCGAACCUCUUACAUACGAUAACACACUAGACGCUUUUAUGAGUUUUAUGAAAUAUGAAAGAUUUGAUGAGAUGAUGUCAAUUAUUAGAACUGUUACACUAAGAGAUAAAAGGUUCCUCUUGUUUUUAGUGGAUCAAUUGCAAACGAAAAUGAGCUAUCCAGGACGCGAAUAUCUUUGUCAGUGCUUUGAAGAGGAUUUGAAAAUGGUGAAUCCAAAAUAUGAAACGGUGAUCGAGGAGUACAUACUAACAAUUUUGAACCAGAAGAGACCUACAAUAUUAACAUCGAAGAAGGAAGCGGAAUUUUUGGAUGAAAUAUGUUCAUAUCUUUCUACUCAGCUAACAGAUAGUGAGAUGUCUAGUCGUGACCGGCUUAAGACAUCAUCUCUUAUUUCGUCGUUGGCUAUUGGAUCGAAAAUUACAAGCUUUGCUGCAAAAAAUUUGAUGAAAGUUCUUUUUCUUGGCCAUAAUCGUAAGGGAUUCGAUCUUGCAUCGAGAGUAUUGGAUUAUAUGAAUAUGAAAUUGGUGAAUGUACGUACUGGAAACAAGACAAAAAGCGGCAUAUUUCCACCAGCGAACGCUCAUAUAUACCUAACACUUGUUCAAUUAUUUGGAAGAAGGGAUAAGCCAAGAAUUAGGGAAAUUGAAAAAUUGAUUUCUAUGAUGGAAGAAUAUCAAAUCCCUAUUUUAACGGUGUUUGCUAAUCAGGUCCUACUAACCUAUGCGAAAGCUAAACAAUUCACUAAGGCCAUUGAGUUCUUGGAUAAUUUUCUUUUUGGCGAUGAUCCAAACUCAUUUCCUCAACCGACAUCACAGUUCGCAAGCACCGCAAUGCAUUUAUAUAGAUCAAAGGAAGCUACUGAACAUGGAAAGGGGCUUUUGAUGACAGAGAGAAAUCGGCUUGCAAAGGUUCGAAAUCUAUUUAAAAUGCUAAUUCAAACCCCAGGUUGGACAAUGAACGAAGAACUUUUGACGGAAAGUGUUCUAACAUUCAUGACAUUUGGCGAUUAUGCGUCAGCGGUAUGUGCAUUAGAAUAUAAUGGUUUUAUGGAAGAGAAUAAAAGAAGUGAUGGUAUUAUUCCUAAUCAGAUGAUCGUUUCAAUCAAAGCUAAAUUGAAUGCUUCAAUUGUCAAAAUGGAACGUCAGCUAAGCGAAGAUCAAGCCAAGCAAUUACAGCAUAUCAUACAAUCUUUUCGUGAGAAGUGCGGCCUCAUGUCUUUAGAUUCUCAACUGAUGCCUGAUAAAGUGUAUAACUGGCGAGAUGCUGCUGCUACUAUUAUUAAAUUUGAGAUGGUAUUUGAUUUCAACCCAAGGCUACAGAGUUUAAGAAAUCAAUUCUGCUCAUCGACUAUUCCCGGUGGGGCUGAAAGGAACAAAGGUAGGUUUGAAGAGGACUUAUUAAAUUUACAAAAGUUCUAUGACCUUCCUGUUAUCGGAAUUGAUGAAAUUAUAUGA